AUGAUCAAGCCUGUUCAUGAACCACUGGAAAUAAGCGAAGACAAUGGAAUGGAUCAAGAUAUCUUUGCGAUCAAUGAAGCUUUAGGACUGGACCUGUUCGAGGGUGAUAUUAAACUUGAUGGGAAACGAAGCUCCAUUAUUGGUGAUAACUAUCGAUGGCCCCACACCAUUCCAUAUGUCCUUGAGGACAGCCUGGAAAUGAAUGCCAAAGGACUUAUUCUCAAAGCAUUUGAACAGUACCGCUUAAAAACCUGUAUUGAUUUCAAACCCUGGGAAGGUGAAGCAAAUUAUCUCUCAGUGUUCAAAGGAAGCGGCUGCUGGUCCUAUAUAGGAAACCGUCAAACUGGAAGGCAAGAACUCUCCAUAGGAACCAACUGUGACAGGCUGGGGACUGUUGAGCAUGAGUUCCUUCAUGCACUAGGAUUCUGGCAUGAGCAAUCACGGUCUGACAGAGAUGAUUAUGUCACAAUAAUUCGAGACAGAAUUCAGGCUGGUAAAGAAGGAAACUUCAAUAAAUAUAGUGAUAAAAUAUCAGACUUCCUUAAUGUCCCAUAUGACUACACCUCUGUAAUGCACUAUAGUAAAACUGCCUUCAUGAAUGGCACAGAACCAACAAUAGUAACUAACAUACCAGCUUUCAUUGAUGUGAUUGGACAACGAAUGGAUUUCAGUGAAUAUGAUGUGCAGAAACUGAGUCGACUGUAUAACUGUACCACUUCCUUAAGCUUUAUGGAAACGUGCAGUUUUGAAUUUGAAAACAUUUGUGGCAUGAUCCAAAGUUCAGAAGAUAAUGCUGACUGGCAGCGCAUAACUGAAAUUUCUGGUGGACCAAAAACUGAUCGUACCUAUUUUGGAAACUGUCAGGAAACUGGUUACUUUGUGCAUUUUAACACUAGUGCUGGAAUCACAAGGGACCGGGCCAUUUUAGAGAGCCGGUUUCUGUAUCCCAAGAGAGGAUUCCAAUGCCUGCAGUUCUAUUAUUACAACAGUGGGAGUGAAAGUGACCAGCUGAACAUCUUAGUAAAGGAGUACAGUGACGCAAACCCCAAUGGUACAUCAAGAUUUGUGAAAACAAUUCAAGGUUCACCAAGGGACUACUGGCAGCUAUACCAUGUUCCUUUGAAUGUUACAACUAAAUUCCGAUAUGUAUUUGAAGGCAUAAAAGGAUCUAGCAUAUCAAAUGGAGGUCUUUCCAUUGAUGACAUCAAUUUGUCAGAAACCCAAUGCCCUCACCAUGUUUGGCAUAUAAGAAAUUUCACUCAGCUCCUUAAUUCAAGCCCUGCAGGGGAGGCAGGAGCAUUAUAUAGCCCACCAUUUUAUUCUACACAAGGUUAUGCGUUUCAGAUUGCAUUGCAUGUGAAUAGUACCAGCCCAUUUAAUUUAGGUAUAUAUUUACAUUCAGUUUCCGGUGCAAAUGACGAUAGUCUUUCAUGGCCUUGUGCAUGGCAGCAAGCUACUAUGGUUCUCCUUGAUCAAAAUCCAGACAUUCGUCAACGUAUGUCAAGUCAAAGGAGUGUAACAACAGAUCCACAGAAAUUACUAGGAUCUACCACGAAUCUGUUUUUUUGGGACAGACCAGAUUACGUAGGAGAACCAGCUAAUUUCACUAAUGGCACUCAGUUUAUGAGAGGUCCUAAAUCUGGAACAGCUGUCUUUUUAACACAUGAAAGGCUUAAAAGUCGUGACUUUAUUAAAGAGGACAGUGUUUUCAUUCUAACAACAGUGGAAGAUAUAUCACAUUUAUUACAUACGGAGCCAAAUUUUACAACCAUGACUACAUCUACUACGUCUACUUCAACCACAGAACAUACAUCUACUACGUCUACUUCAACCACAGAACAAUCAACUGCUAGUAGUUGUGAAGCUUAUGGUUGUCAGAAUGGUGGGGUCUGCGUUGAAGUAGAUGGAAUGCCAGUUUGCAGGUGCCCUACAGGUACUGACUGGUGGUACGUGGGAGAAAAAUGUGAAACAAAAGGAUCAACUAAGGACACAGCUGUUAUAGCAAUUUCCUCAUCUCUUGCUGUAUUUGGCAUUAUGCUGAUUCUCAUCAUUGUUUCCAUCAGCUGUAUUCGAAAGAAAUAUCGCAAGAAACUGAAAGCUACUACAGACCAUGAAUUACAAAAUGUAAGUAGUUUGCUUGUGACAGUGGCUGUAUUCAACUAUCACAGUAAACCAUGGUUUGCUUAA